AUGUCGUCCACAACCACCCCUGACAAACCCAUCUCAACGGUUGACCCUGUGAACGGACCAGUGCCAAUUAUAGCAUUUGAGAAAGAAUGGCUUGCUAUAGCAAAAACAAAGAGCGGCAGGGCUUCCGGUCCAGAUGACACAAGCGAAUUCUGGAAAAAAUGCAGGUGGCUCGGUGCCUCUUGGCUUGCAGGCCUCUUCAAUCAGGUCAUCGAAGCUAAGAGCAUGCCCCACGACUGGUAG